CACAACAAGCCACUGCGACAAAACCCGGGGGUCUGCUGCUGGAUAUUCACAAUGACAGUGGCGUGGUCUUGGAGUUUCUGCUCAUCUUUUGUCCUUAUUUCUCUCCUCCUGCCUAUGAGGUGGCGAACUGUACAUUCGGCGCCAGAUUUUUCCCUGUAUCUUCACAGUAUUCUGAAGAACCACACAGCUCAUGCUUGUGAAGGAGACAUGCUCAUCAUUGAGUGUCCUUCCAGGACAUCUGUAGCCGUCCUGUCAGCCUUCUACGGACGACGUGUUCCUAACAAGCAUUUAUGUCCGUCUGCAAACACAAAUAUUACUGUGGAAGAAGACGUAGAAUGCACUUCCUCUGUGGCAACUGAGAAGGUGCUGUCAGAGUGUCAGGAUCAGCAGACGUGCCACAUCCCCGCCCUCAGUCCAGUAUUCGGACAGGACCCUUGCCCACUCACCAGCAAGUACCUGCUAGUCUAUUACAAGUGCCGACCAGAGCAUCAUCGCACAAGGCUUGUGUGUGAAAAUGAGCGCCUGAGGCUGAUGUGUAAAAAUGAGACCGUGCUUGCCAUCUACUCUGCUACAUUUGGACACCUUCUGCACGGCAGUCCCAACUGUCCCCAGGAACCGGGAUCACACACUGACAUGGAGUGUUUGUCACCUACGGCUCUGAGGAGGGUGUCGCGCAGAUGUCAUGGGAGAGCGAAUUGUUCAGUUCUGGCUGAUACUCAAACCUUCGGGGACCCCUGCUUCCCCGGCACCAGGAAACACCUGCGUGUGUCCUUCACUUGUGUACCCAAAUAUCUUCUUGAAGAUGUGGGCCGAGGGACAACAGAUCCUUUCAUGAUCUCAGACUACACACACGGUGGAUGGUACACUGGCCCCACCUACAGGCCUCAAAACGUGCUCUUAACCAACUCUCUGGAGAUCAUUGAAAAAAUAUUGGGUAUCCCAGAGAAAGUGGCCCUGUACUUUGUCUCAGGCAUCUGUGCUGGUCUCGUGUUCCUGCUUUGCCUGUUUGGCAUUCGCUCAACGCUGGUGAGAGAUGUUAAAGAUCUAGUUUCCGAAGUGAGGGAAGAGAUAAAAGCAUCACGCAGAAGGCGCAAUGAACUCAUGGAUGACCUCAUUGAUGAUGAUGUCUCAGACACAGCAUCCUUCCGUCGCCUCACGCAAUCCUACCGCACAGCAGACAUCUUUAACCCGUCAGUCUUAACAGUAGAACUGGCUGAACUUGAUGUGGAACGGACAAGAGAUCUGUCCAAUGGAGACAUCUGGCCACACCUGGACUCCAGCCCUUAUGCCAUUCAUAAGAUUAAAAGUUACAAUGGAUAAGAUUUGUAUCUUCUGCUAUAAAAUGUGAACUGAUGACGGAAGUCCUACAAAGAUGUAAUUCGUAUUUCAUCUUUGCCUUUCCAGUGGUGCAGUGGUUCUUGUCAAAAACAAGAAGCUGUAAUUAAUAUGAAACAGUUUGUUGCUUACAUUAAUUUCAAAUGCAGAUCUCAUCUAUGAAAUAAUAUUGCACUGCGCUCGCGGCACAGAUUUGUUAGAUUAGAUUAGAUUGUCCUUUAUUUCUCCCUUAAUGGGGAAAUUUGCUUUGUGCAGCAGCAAUACACUCAACACACAGAUGCAGGGAAAGGGUAAAAAAAGUAAAAAAAUAUAUAUAAUUACAAAAUAUAAACAGUAUAUACAUUGGAAUGAAAAAUAAAAAGUAGUACAGCACGGGAAAGAAAGAAAAAAAGUGCAAAAAAAGCAGGUAGGAUGUUUAUGAGGUAGACAGAUAUUGCACAUGUUAGUAUUGUCCAGCAGGCCUGGUUGUGGAGUCUGAUGGCAGCGGGGAGGAAGGACCUGCGAUGCCUCUCAGUGAUGCAUCUCAAGUGACAAAGCCGGUCACUGAUGGAGCUCUCCAGGGCUCUGACAGUCUCAUGAAGGGGGUGGGAGACAUUAUCCAUGAUGGAUGACAGCUUUCCCCCACCACCUCCACAGGAUGGAGACUGCAGCCCAGGACAGAGCCGGCUUUCCUCACCACUUUGUCCAGUCUCUUCCUCUCUGCUGCUGUGAUGCUGCUGCUCCAGCAGACCACACCAUAAAAGAUGGCCGACGCCACCACACAGUCAUAGAAGGUCCUCAGGAGGCCGUUCCUCACUCCGAAGGACCUCAGGAGGCCGUCCCUCACUCCAAAGGUCCUCAGGAGGCCGUCCCUCACUCUUAAGGUCCUCAGGAGGCCGUUCCUCACUCCAAAGGUCCUCAGGAGGCCGUCCCUCACUCUUAAGGUCCUCAGGAGGCCGUUCCUCACUCCAAAGGACCUCAGGAGGCCGUCCCUCACUCCAAAGGACCUCAGUCUGCGCAGCAGGUGGAUCUGCUUUGGCCUUUCUUGUAGAGUGCCUAUGUGUUUAUGGUCCAGUCCAGUUUUUUGUUCAGGUGAACACCCAGGUACUUGUAAGACUCUACUAUCUCUAUGUCCGUUCCCUGGAUGUUCACCGGACAGGGGGAAGUCUGCUACCAGCUCCUUUGUUUUUCCCAGCAUUAAUCUGGAGGCGGCUCCACUGGCACCAGUCUACAAAUCUGUGGUUCGGUUCUCGGUACUCACUUUCAUCUCUGUUGUUGGCCAUUGUAAUUAA